AUGCACUCGCAAUGCGCACGUCAAAUGCUUCGCGCUGUGACUGCCUCCUCUCGUCGCGCUUUCUCUAUUCGUUCUCCUCUGCACCUUCGCAAAUCUUCUUCUCCUGUCUGGCGCUCACAUUUAUCUGUACCCAAUCGCCUCUUCUCGCAGACUCACAAUAACAAUACUACACGGACGAAAUCUACGGAAUACUUGGGUGUUGUUUACGACGACACUCGAAUCAAAAAAUAUAGCGCAGAAAUCAAGAUUGAGGGUCAUGUGAUAAGCGGUGGCGAUUACUGGACGGCACUUGACGCUGCCAAAGCCUACGAUGAGCUCGUAGCGCUAUAUUGCGAUUCGAACGAGCCUCGAAACUUUCCAGAAGGCCAUGAAUUGGAAAUUGACCAGAAGGAAGCUGUUGAUAUGGAUUGGGAGGCUCCUGUUGCAGGAAAUCGCCAUGCAGACAUCAUUCCUCCCAUACCGCAGACUUAUUUAAGUCUUGACGAAGUCCAGAAAGCUCUUGAACGGGAGAAGGCUAUUGAUGUGUAUACCGUGGACUUAAGUGGUAAGAGUGGCUUGGCCAACUAUAUGGUGUUCGUCACGGGAAGAUCGCAAGCCCAUAUGCGACGUAUGGCUGAUUUGUUGAUUAAAUCGUUAAAAGCGAGAGAAAUUGUGGACGAUUUCGACUAUGGAGUGGAAGGACGAGACUGUGACGACUGGAUGAUUGCUGACUGCAAUAAUAUUGUAGUACACUUUAUGCGUGCUGAUACAAGACGAAUCUUAGCACUAGAAGAUCAUUGGGAAAAUAUGGUGGACGACAAACAUAGCGUCUAUGGUGAUAUGAGUGAAGACGAAUAUAUGGACAAGUUUGGCACAAGUGAACUCAUGGAGUAUCUAGAUGACGAAGACCAUCCGAACGAGGACGAUGAGGGAGAAGGCUCCGGUGUUGAGUGGAAAUAA